CGGCCGGCGCUCGCUGCCUCCGCCCGCCCGCCAUGAACUCCCUGGACCAGGCUGAGGAUCUCAAAGCUUUUGAAAGAAGACUUACUGAAUAUAUUGCAUGUUUGCAACCAGCUACAGGACGUUGGAGAAUGAUUCUGAUAGUGGUAUCAGUCUGCACAGCAACUGGUGCUUGGAACUGGUUAAUAGACCCGGAGACACAAAAGGUGUCAUUUUUCACAUCACUUUGGAAUCACCCUUUUUUCACAAUUAGCUGUAUUACCCUAAUAGGCUUGUUCUUUGCUGGAAUACAUAAGAGAGUGGUGGCACCAUCAAUUAUAGCAGCCCGAUGUCGAACUGUUUUGGCAGAAUAUAAUAUGUCCUGUGAUGAUACUGGAAAAUUAAUUUUGAAACCUAGGCCUCAUGUUCAAUAAGGGCUGUCUUCCUUCAGUUUUUUCCACUGCCAUGGAAACCAAAAAUGACCUUUUUUUAAGGUAGUAUGACAGCAAAAAACCAAACAGGACUGGUUGUCACUGCCUGGGAGUGAAAGUCGUCUUACACAGUUGACAGUGAAAGUGUGCAAUAUUACUUUCUUGAAUAUUUAUCCAAAUUCUUUGUUACCAUAUUAACAGUGCUUUUGCUACUUCCGAUUACCUCUUUUUCAGUAUUAGUGUCACUUUUUUACUUCAGCUAGAACAGAACAUACAGGUGAAGUAUGUUAAUCGGCUAUGAAGUUGAACUUGAAAAUCAAACCUCAUUUGUGUUAUGUGUCUUUGCAAGCUAUUGUAAAUAGCAGAUGAUGCCAAUGUUCAGGAAAAGAAGUAAUAUUUGCUGUAUGGAUUUUUUUUGUUCUCAUGAACAGUAUUGAAAGGAACACUUACCAUUCCUGUGAUGUUUUAUUAGCACACUUACUCAUUACAGCUGUCCUUGUCUCCUGGUCACUCUUUUUUGGAACUGGUUGAAAGGCUUGCAGAAAGACUGUCUGUCUGUGCUGGAGAAAACUGGUCUUACUGUUUUAAGAACUUU